GAUUUUCCAUUCUUGAAAAAAAGAAGCGUAAGAAAAGCAAGAACGCGCAAGAAAUUUGCAUUAAAAUUAAUUUAAAGGUAUCAAAAGUGGCUUUUAAGUGGUUGAAAAAAUGACAGAGGACUGGCAGAGUCAGAAGUUCCGGCAGAAUGUCAUCUCCAAGAUCCACGACUUGUUGCCACCAAACGCGCAAGAUCAAUCGAAAAAUGCCGGCGUCAUGGAGAACCACAUCUUUCGAAAGUCUCGCACCAAGGACGAGUAUUUGGGCCUGGUGGCCAAGCUCUUCAUGCACUACAAGGACAUGUCCCGAAAGUCCCAGCAGCAGCAACAACAACAACAGCAGCAGCAGCAGGGCGGCCCGCCCCCAAACGCGGAAAUGGGCGGCGGGGGGCAGAACAUGAUGCAAGAUCCAUUGAAUGCCCUGCAAAACCUGGCCAGCCAGGGCAAUCGCAAUCCCCAGAUGCUGCCCAUGGGCGCCGGCGGAGGAGCCCCCGUUCCCGGUGGCCCGGGAACAGCCUCCAAUCUGCUGCAAUCCCUGAAUCAACAGCGGCCCGGGCAGCAGCAAAUGCAGCCGAUGCCCAAUAUUCGGGGCCAAAUGCCCAUGAACUCCGGCGGCGGCGGAGGUCCCCAGCAGCAGAUGAUGCAGCAGCAGAUGCAGGGCGGCAAUGCCCCGGGAGUGAUGAAUCAGGGACAGAUCGUUGGCAAUCCGGGACAGCAGCAGAUGGGCGUGGGCGUGGGCGUGGGCAUGCCCAACCAGAUGGUGGGACCGGGCCCAAACAGUGGUCCCGCCGUUGGAGGAGCCGUUGGCGGAGCAAAUGCUGCUCCAGGAGCACCUGGUCAGGGGCCAAAUCAAAUGCAGAGCGGUCCCAUAAAUGCCAUGCAGCAAAUGCCGCCCAUGCAGCAGAUUCAGCAGAACCAAAUGGGGAUGGGCAUGAAUCCGAUGAUGCGCAUGGGCCAGGGCAAUGGCAUGGGCGGACCCCAAGGAAUGCCCGGCCAGGGCAUGCAAGGAAUGCCCCAGAACAUGCAGCAGGGAGUUCCGCACAAUGUGGUCGGCGGUCCGGCGGUUCAACAACAGGUAGGUGUGGGUGUGGGUGUGGGUGUGGGUGUACCGCCCAAUGCGGUGCAGCAGGGCGGCAUGAAUCCCAUGGGCGGCAUGGGCGUAAACAUGCCGCCGAAUCUGCAGCAAAAGCCCAACAUGCCGAUGGGCCAGGCGGGUCAGAUGUUCGCCGGCAAUCGUGGAGGCGUUGGAGUCGGCGGACAGCAGCCGGGACAGGCCUUCAUGCGCUCCAGUCCCUCGCCAGCGGAUGCCCAGCAAUUGCAGCAGCAGCAGCAGGCUCAGCUCCAGCAAAUGCAACAACAGCAGCAACAACAGCAGCAGCAGCAGCAACAACAACAGCAGCUGGUGGUAGGCAAUCAAACGCCCACGCAGCAGCCACCGACUCCGCAAAUGCCCACGCCAAAUAUGAUACCCAGUCCGGCACUGGUGCCCCAAUCCAGUCCGCAGAUGAUGCACAUGCAGAACCCGCAGCGCAACAUCCGCCAGCAGUCGCCGAGUGCCUCGAUAAACACGCCUGGUCAGGUCACCGGAAACAGUCCGUUCAAUCCCCAGGAGGAGGCAUUGUACCGCGAGAAGUACAAGCAGCUGACCAAGUACAUUGAGCCACUCAAACGGAUGCUGGCCAAGAUCAGCAACGAUGGAACAAAUGUUGAGAAAAUGACCAAAAUGAGUAAAUUGCUGGAGAUUCUCUGCAAUCCUACACAGCGUGUGCCUCUUGAAACUCUUCUUAAAUGCGAAAAAGCUCUGGAAAAGAUGGAUCUUAUCUCAUAUUCAGGCCAGCAGUUUGGCAAAUCAUCAAAUCCUCUAUUGGAAGUUAUAAAUACCACACUGCAAAGUCCUGUGGCUAAUCACACACUGCAUCGCACCUUCCGACCCACCUUAGAACUGCUCUUUGGAACUGAUAUAGCAGCUCCAGUGCCCGCGAAGCGACCUCGAGUGGAGGAGAAGUCUUUGCCCUUCGAGCAGGAUGUUCCCCAUGUCCUUCAAGGCGAAAUUGCACGGCUGGAUACCAAGUUUAAGGUGAAACUUGACACCACAUCGCAGAUAAAUAACAAGGCCAUCCGUUUAAUUUGCUGUCUGGAUGACAAGCGAUUGCCCAGUGUUCCGCCCGUGAGUGUUAGUGUGCCGGAGGAGUAUCCUUGGCAGGCUCCGGACUGCUCCUUAACGGAGCAGGAGUAUUCGGCCACGCCGUUUCUGCAGAUGGUGCAACAAGCUCUCAUCGCUCGCAUGUCUAAGCUCCCCAAGAACUAUUCGCUCUCACACCUGCUGGACACCUGGGAAAUGGCUGUGCGGCAAGCGUGCUCUCCGCAGUCGAAGCCCAGAUCAGUCUGCGAGCUGACCACUUUUCUAGGUGUUUAGCAACUGUAAAUACAGAGAGUGGGAUUGCAUGAGGCCAACCCCUCUACUUAUUGAAGAUCUACAUUCUACAUACUUUUAAGACAAUCGGCUUAUAUAGCUAAAAUAAAAAAGGACAACACAUUAACCACAUCAUUUAAAUCUUACUGUGGUAAAUCAAAACCUUAUCAACCACACAAUCAACAAUUUACACAAGUACACACUACUCAUCAAGAAAAUCAUCAUACAUUCAAGAACUAUUCAAGAAUCUAUUUUAAUCAUUCGGCUUUAAUUCAAAAUUCAUGAAGGGUAAGGUCGAAUCUCCCAGGGUUGGAAACACGCCGCUUCCGAUCGGAUGGCAUCAGAUCAUCGGAUCAUUGCACUUGGAGGGAACACGAACACACAAGGUAACUGCACCUUGGGUCAAUGAUAUGCGCUUCCCCCGCCAAAAUUUUGGCAGAUAUUCGUCACGGGCAUGGCCUUGCUGCCAGAAGUUGCUUGACCUGGAAGUUGCUCACCUCGCCUCAUCACCUCCCAGUGCGGAUCUCCCAAUCCCCCAAUCUCUCCAUCAGGCCUCCAGUCGAGUGUAAUGCACUAUGAUUACAGAGGAGGCCGACUCGGUUACGGAUUGUGUUUAUGUGUUUAUUGCGUUUUUUGGGUGUUUUUUUCUGUUUGCCAAAAAAUUCGGUGAAACACUACAACCAAUUGGGUAUUUAGACAACUGAUUGAUAUAUGUAGUUUCAAUGUUACGGACAAAGAAGCAGCCCACUCAUUUUAAUAUAUGACUUAAAGCCGAAUUAACUGGGAUCCCCCUUAAAAAUUAGUUAUGGCUAUUCAACAUUUUUUUUCGGUGUCUCUAACAGUAUUUUCGUUUUUAGCUUGUUCGAAGGCCAUUAUUUUGUGUAACGCAAGAUUUAGAAAGU